AUGGACAUUUAUGGAUAAUAAGGAUCUAUGAAAUAAGGAAAGCAAGCGAAUUUGAUUAAAUUGCAACGCGAAGUUUUAGAAAAUGUUUUGAAGGUAUCAAAGAGAGAAGAAGAAAGCGAUGGAUGCGUUUGGAAGGUUUUGAUUUUUGAUACUCAUUGCUAGAAUAUUUUGUCAACUCUUCUGAAGGUUGGCCACUUAAGAGAAAUGAACAUCACAUUGCAUUUAAAUAUCAAUUAAAAAGGAGAAAAAAGAGAUCGUUUACACGGUGUUAAGGCAUACUAUUUAGUAUAGCCUACUUAGGAGAAUAUUAAAGCAAUUAUGGAGGAUUUUAAUAAAGAUCUUUACGAUUAAGUUUACAUUAAUUUUUCAUCUCCAGCUGAUGAAGAAUUGCUUUAGAGUCUUGCAGUUCAUGUUGGAAAUUUAAAUGCAGUUUAUAAGAUAAAGAGAGUUGUUCAAUACACAAUAGAUUUUGUCACCCUUUCCAGGGACUUCUUCUCUUUAAACAUCAAGGAAAGCUACAAGAGUUUGAGAGCUGCAGGAACUAGAACUGCUGCAUAAGUUAUUAGCUAAGCGGCUAUGGGUUUAUUCAGUCUUUUUAGAACCAUGAAAAAGACUCCUUACAUUAUUUACUCAGAUGAUAAAAAUAAUGUCUUGCUCGCUUAGGAAUUGUAUUCGUUGUUUGAGAAUUUGUAUAAAAAUUCUAAAGAAUAUGAAGACGAAUCCACCGAUUUUCUUCAGCCUUAAUUUACUUAACCAAUUCUUAUUUUGGUUGAUAGAGAUGUUGAUUUAGGCUCUAUGCUUCUUCAUCCUUGGCACUAUGGAGCUCUCAUUCAUGAUGUUUAUCACAUUGAAAACAAUAAAGUCAAAUUAAACAAACCAGACUCAAAAGAAGUGCAAAACUUUGAUCUUGAUAGCUAAAAUGAAGACUCUUAUUGGUUGGACAAAAUGAACAUUCCCUUCCCUGAAGUUGCAAAAGAUAUAGUUGAACGUUUGCAGAAAUGGGACAUUGAAUACAAACAAAUAACAUCAAUUAAGGAAGAUACUUCUAAAAUGGUUGCAGCAAUGAGUAAUAUAAAUGAAAUGAAAGAUUAAAGACGUCUCAUUGAAAUGCACAUGUCUAUUUCCGCAGGUUUAAAAUCAGAGCUUUCAACACGUCAUCUUGAUAAAUAUUUCGAAGCAGGUUCAACAAUUAUCAGAGAAAAGCAACUUAAAGGAUAGGAAAAAAGUGAAUUAAUUGAAAUGUUCUAACAAUGUUCAAUUGGUGCAGGAAAGCCUAAUUUUGAUUUAGAUAAAUUACGUGUUUUGAUUAUAUACUUGCUUUUUGUUUAAGAUAUUGACAUCAACGAUUUUAAGCAGUUGGAAGAAGCAGCUGGAAUAACCAAUAAAAAGUACAUUUAAAUCCUUGAGCAAUUUAAGCAAAAGAGAAUCCCAGAAACCACAACUUCUACCGCUGCUUCCUCAGACACUAACUUAAACAGCGAAGAAAUAGCAGAUAAACUAACAAGUAUUUUUGGUAAAUUUGCAAGCAGAGUAAAAUCACAAGGAAAAGGUUUGAUUAACAACGUUAAAAACAACCUUAUUGGAAUAGAAUAAGACUUUGAAAUUGCCACACAAGUUAAAAGCAUCAUAGAAUCCAAAUGUAUGAAUUCUGAAAAGUUAGGUUACAAAUUCAUAGACAUUCUGAAUAACCAAAACACUCUCACAUAGCCAAAAAUCUUCUCAGAUGUUGUAGUCUUUUCACUCGGUGGAGGAAACUACAAUGAAUAUUAAAAUAUUCAAGAAAUUGGAAAAAAACUCAAUAAAAACAUUAUGUACGGAGGUUCCGAAAUCCUCAACGCAGAGACAUUCAUAUAGCAACUAACUUCCUGA